AUGGCCGCCAAGCCGAACUGUUUAAUAGUUUGCAGUUCUGCAACUCAAGGUUCGAAAGAAAUUUUGCGUUAUUCAACUUAAAUACAUACAAAAUAGAUAGAUAAAUUACCCGAGAUGCUGAGGGUGUUUUUGCAGCAUGGUUAUACGGAGAAAGUUGAUAUAAAACAUGCGGAGGGUUUUCACAACAAAGUACUACCAAAUACCAUUGCUUUUCUUCUCGGCUUAAAAGUGAACUGAAAAUUUUCAUUUGACGUUCAACAGGCGUGUCAGCUCAAUCCUUCAUUCAUGCAUUUACUUUGACGCACUCAGUAUUCAAUGUCCAGAUCGCAACACCACAAGUAAGUAAUGUGUGUGGUGCAUGUGCCACUUGUCAGUUGUAAUUUAUUUUUAAAAAUUCUCUCUAUUUUAAUGCUUUUGUUGUUGUUGUUGUUUGGAAUUUGAAAAAUUUCUUUCCAAUGCGUGUUACGUUUACAAAGCAAGCUAACUAACUGACUAAACAUCCACCAGAUUCACUGCUGAUUGGCUUAUUGAGUGGUUGAUCAACUCGCGAGUAAUAUGUGUCUGUCGAUCUGUCUGCAGCUCUUUCUACAUAAUUUUGUUUUAUUAACUGAUUUGAUAAUGCAAAUUGGCCACUGUUAUGAGUUUUUAAAGCUGAUGUUUCGAGCGUUAGCCCUUCUUCAGAGCCAAUAAAGGAAUUGUGGGUUGUAUGUGUGUUCAUAUGCAGAAAAUGGAACGACACGUUUUACAUAAAACUAGACUAGUAUACUAUCUCAGUGUUUUCCAUUUUAGGCAGUUAAACUGGUAAAUUCUACCCCCUAUAGUACAUCAUUUUACCACCUAAAAUUCAGUUGGUGAAAGGAUUGAUCUACCAGUUUGAAAAUUUAUUUUACCUGUUAUGCUUAAAAUAAGAGAGAGUAUUGCUAGGUUUGACUCUUCGGUACAUCGAAAAGGGUUUGGAAAAUUGAUCUAGGCCAGCAAUUCUGACAGGUUAUUCAUGUAUAGACUUUAAAAACCAUGCAAAUUGUAAGCAGGAGUCAGAUGUUCAGAUUUCCUCUUUUAGGGUCAGCAAAUAGAUUUUGUGAAAUCAGAUGAUAACAGCAGGAAGUGGUUGAAUGAGUUUCGAACCAAACCAUUUUCAGUCCCUGGAAAACUUGAAAAUGUUGAUGGUGAGCAUGAAUUUUAAACAAUAGAUUUAAAUUAAGGUAACUGUCAACUGUCAAGGUCCAUCUGCAAGAAUUUUCCUAUGCAAGCUACCUCAAGCAGAGGUCAACACUCUGCUGGAGGUGUUUCAGAUUAUGACACCUUUUGCCCUUCUAUUCAUGUUCCCCCAAAACAUUUUUUUCAGCCCUAUAUCAAGUUCUUAACUUGUUUCUCUAACUAAACAGCAAAAAACUGAAAUUGUAGAAAUUUUCAUCAAAAUUUUGUUGAUGGUAACCUAUGAGUGUGAAUGCUGAGCAUCCUCUUCAUUGUUUUAAAGGAGUCAUUGCUGGACUUGCAUUUGGUGGCAAAAAGGGUGGAAACAAGCUAGCUCCAUCCAUUUAUUACGCUGCUCAAACCAAAACAUGUUAAAAAAAGACGAAAGUGACACUUUUUUUGUCAAAUUCGUGACUAAUUUUAGAAGCCAAAUUAAAUUUCUACAAGCCAUAGUAACUAGCCUGGAGUGCUCCUUUUUCAUACCAUUUUCAUUUUCCACUGUUUUGUGUGUAUUGAAGAUUUAAGACAGCUCACUUGGGAGAUUCAUUCUACACCAGUACCAGCUAAAUUCAUUUUCUAAGAAUAAGUUCUGAGUCGGGACCAUUCUUGAGAUCAUACAUAGUGCAGGUUCACCUUUUAACUGUGUGCAAUAAAUGGAAAUUUUUUACUUUUGUUCUUGAAUCCUUAGCAUCAAGAUAUGGUGCAGUGCUUAUCCCAAGUGCUCCAGGAGCCCUUCAUGAUCUUGCUCAAGACAGUGAGCUUGCAAAACUUCUCAAUACAUUUGUCCAUGAAAAAAGUGGGUAGACUUGACCAUUAAUUGAUACCUAUGCUGCUUAUGUUAUGAAUGCUAGUAAGAAAACUUUAAGAGUCUGAAAAAGUCAUUUGGCUCUUCGAUGUAUUUGUGUAAAUUUCAAGUAUAUUAAUUUCAAUUUUUUGUUGUAUUUUUUUCAUAAGUAUUGAAUAAUAUUUACUCUGUUUUUGUUACAAUCAGAGCCCAUCUGUGCCAUUGGACAUGGUGUUGCUGGACUCUGUUCAGCAAGGAGAGAGGAUGGAAAAUCUUGGAGUUUCAAGAGCUUUAGUAUGACAGGGGUAAGUACAGGAAGUGUAUGGUACUUCCAGUAUAUAAUUAUCACCCCUCUAAGUUUACAUUUAGGGUGAUUCCAUACAAGCAGAACUUGACAUAGACUUGUGGAUCAACUCAUGAAACUUUGAACAUUGUUGAAUCUUUUUUUAGGACAGUACUGAAAAAAUGUUAAAAGAAAAGGAAAAAUAAAGAAAAGCCAAAGAGGGGAAGUUAAAUUUUUAGUCAUUUUAUGCUGAAAGGGUAUCAUAAUUAGAAAGGGCUAAAUUGAUGUACAAAAUACAAUUUUUGUCUUGUAUCCAAACAUAUAUAUUUGUCAGGAGCUAUCGAGUAAAAAUAUACCAUAUACUAUUAGAUACAAGACAGAACCAUCUGUGACAAAAGCAUUGUAUGUUAUUCAGCCAUCAGUUUUUGAAUCAGCUCGUUCAGCUGAUUUUUCAAGUCUACCUAUCAUUCUGGAAGACUGGAUCAAAGAUCAUGGAGGAACAUUCAGUGGUGGGUUAUGUAUUAUUGAGAUUAAACCAUGAAGAACAUUCUCUCUUUACCUACCUCUGGAAGUGCACUUCUGUUCUGCAAAUGCCAUCACUGUUUACAUUCAUUAUACUUAUUCAGUACAGCUGUGGAACAAAGGAAAUAGCAACUCAAACAAGGUUAAUUAAAAUCAUUAAUCCUUAACAUAUCUUUGAGUUAAUAGAAUAAGAAGGUAAAUUUUGAAUGCAGAUAGAAAAUAAUAACAGAUGUUUUUCAUCUCAUCACUGGUGUGGGACUAAUAUAAAAUAUGAGUGAGUCCUUUUGAGGAAGUGAUCUGGAUUCCAUGUUCUAAUGUUCUACAACAGAGCUAACAGGAGCUCUAAGGUUUUUACUAGAUUCAUACAUGAGUGAGUACUAGGAAGGGAAUGAGAAAGUAAUAUAGAAGUGAUAUUUGCAAUAAUAAGCAGUUGUUAAAAUAAGGCCUGAAAAAAGAAAGAUGGUAAAUAUUUUACAUCUCAGACAUGAUUUCUUUUUCAGCCAGUGAACCUGAUGGGAUGCAUGUCAUCAUUGACAGACACCUUAUAACAGGACAAAAUGACACUUCAACACUUUCAGCUGUUCAGAAUCUAAUUCUUCUGUGCAAUGCAAGGUAAGCAAGGAUUCUUUCCCGACAGUAUGUUUCAUUAUUAACUCAAGCUUUGAAGUAACACCAAAAAUAACUCAACUUUUAAAUAAAAGUGUUAAGAAGGCAGCACCUGAACUAGUGUGGCACGUGAUCAGCGUGCAUGCACGCAGGCUCAAAGAUAUUUUCAAUUUUUAAGCUUGUUAGCAAGGUGACUCAUACAAUUAUUAGUUUUUGAGAGCCAUAUUUUUGAGGACUUUUUAUAAAUUUUUAUUAUUAGCGUGUUACUGUGUUGAAGUUGUGUUGGCCGAUUAAAUGUGGAUUUGCUUUCCAAAGGGUUUUCCAUUAUUGCUCAAGGACAGUAAGUUAAUGUAAAAAAAUUGUAAAUUUUAAAUUUAAUUUAAAAAUGAAAUGUUUGACAAAAGUGGAACCCUUCUUUAAUCUUAGCUGAUUUUAAAUGCCCAGGUUCUUACUAAUUGAAGGUUUUUUUUUCUCAUUAUUUUUUUCAGACAAGGCAAGGCCAAGAGUUGA